CGGGACGGGACCCUCCCCCCGUCCCUCUCCUCCACACUUUUAAAUACAGCCAGAGCCCCCCUUCUCCCCGCAGGCACAAGUGAACUGAAACCGCGAUCCCCUGAUCUGCCUCCCUCGUCUUCCUCGUCCUCCGCCCGCAGCAGCGGCGAGCACCAUGGAGGGCGGCGGCGCAGCGCGGGGCGCGGAGCGGUGGGAGGGGUACGUGGACUGGCGGAACCGGCCGGCGACCAGGGGCCGGCACGGCGGCAUGCUCGCGGCGUCCUUCGUGCUCGUGGUGGAGGUGCUGGAGAACCUGGCGUUCCUGGCGAACGCGAGCAACCUGGUGACGUACCUGAUGGGGUUCAUGCACUACUCGCCGUCGCAGUCGGCGACGACGGUGACCAACUUCAUGGGCACGGCGUUCCUGCUGGCGCUCCUCGGCGGCUUCCUCUCCGACGCCUUCUUCACCACCUACACCAUCUACAUCGUCAGCGCCUUCAUCGAGUUCAUGGGGCUGGUGAUCCUGACGGUCCAGGCGCGGACGCCGCACCUGAUGCCGCCGCCGUGCUCCAAGUCUGCCGGCGGGGCGCCGCCGUGCGCGCCCGUGUCGGGGGCCAAGAAGGCGAUGCUCUUCGCGGGGCUGUACCUCACGGCGCUGGGCGUCGGCGGGAUCAAGGGCUCCCUGCCCUCCCACGGCGCCGAGCAGUUCGACGAGCACGCGCCGCGGGGCCGCAAGGCCCGCUCCACCUUCUUCAACUACUUCGUCUUCUGCCUCUCCUGCGGCGCGCUCGUCGCCGUCACCUUCGCGGUCUGGGUCGAGGACAACAGGGGUUGGCAGUGGGGCUUCGGCAUCUCCACCAUCGCCAUCCUGCUAUCCGUCCCGGUCUUCGCCGCGGGAUCCGGGCUCUACCGGAACAAGGUGCCCACGGGAAGCCCGCUCACCACCAUCGCCAAGGUACUCCUCGCCGUCGCCCUCGCGCGCCGCGGCGGCGCGCAGAGCGCCAGCAACGGCGCCGUCAUCGACCGCGCGCCCAGCCCCACGGGGAGCACCGACAUGAAGGACUACUGCAAGCCCGGCGAGAUGAUGGAAAUCGCCGACGCCGCGGCGGCGGCCGCCGACCAGGCCGAGCCGUCGCGGGAGCUCGCGUUCCUUAACCGCGCCGUGCGGUGCCAGGAGGAGCAGCCGCAGCAGAACGGGCGCCUCGCGUGCACGGUGCAGGAGGUGGAGGACGUCAAGAUCGUGCUCAUGGUGCUGCCCAUCUUCUUCUCCACUAUCAUGCUCAACUGCUGCCUGGCGCAGCUGUCCACCUUCUCCGUCGAGCAGGCGGCCACCAUGGACACGCGCGUGGGCAGGCUCACCGUGCCGCCCGCGUCGCUCCCCGUGUUCCCGGUCACGUUCAUCAUCCUCCUCGCGCCCGUCUACGACCACGUCAUCGUCCCGUUCGCGCGCCGCGUCACGGGCACCGAGAUGGGCAUCAGCCACCUCCAGCGCAUCGGGACCGGGCUUGUCCUCUCCAUCGUCGCCAUGGCGGUGGCCGCCGUCGUCGAGGUGAAGCGCAAGAACGUGGCGGCCGACAGCGGGAUGCUGGACUCGCCGAAGCCGCUGCCCAUCAGCUUCUUCUGGAUCGCGUUCCAGUACCUGUUCCUGGGGUCCGCGGACCUGUUCACGCUGGCGGGGCUGCUCGAGUUCUUCUUCAGCGAGGCGCCGUCGCGGAUGCGCUCGCUGGCGACGUCGCUGUCGUGGGCGUCGCUGGCGCUGGGCUACUACCUCAGCUCCGUGCUCGUGUCCAUCGUGAACAGCGCAACGGGGCGUGGCGGCCACCGGCCGUGGCUGCAGGGUGCCAGCCUGAACCACUACCACCUCGAGCGGUUCUACUGGGUCAUGUGCGUGCUCAGCACCCUCAACUACCUCUUCUUCCUGUUCUGGGCGAUCAGGUACAAGUACAGAAACGCAGGGGUCAUCAAAGGGUGAUGCCAUCGCCAAUCGGCAUUGCCCGUUGAUCGCCACGGUAGUGAGAACCGCUGGGUGUAACUGUUUAUAUUGGUGGCAAGCAGAGAGUAAAAAAAAGGGUACUAGGUUAACUUCUGCAGGAUGUGGGGAUUAUAUUGGUGGUGGUUUAUCAGGCUGUCAUGAAUUUGGUUGAUUGGUUCAACAAGUGAAUCAAGAGGUGGAUCAGUUUAAUCCGAUGUCCAUUCGUUUGAAUC